GAAAAACCAAAUUAAAGAAUCGGAAUAUGCAUUCGGCAAAGCAGAGAGCGGCGGACGCCGCCGCCGUGGCCAAGGAGCACGCCGAAAUCUUCAAGGCCCAAGCUGAAGAAAAGGCGGAGAAAGCUGUGGCGAGAACCAAGGAGGAGAGAGAGAUAGCUCAUGAGAUAAGGAAAGCUAAAGAAGCUGAAGCGAAGAUGAAGAUGCACGAAUCCAAAGCCCAACACGCCGAGGAGAAGCUGCUCGGAAAACACCACGUCGUCGGCGGCGGCCUUCACGGCCACCACGAACCGGUCGGUGCCGCUUUCCCGCCGACGGGUGUGGCGACUCCUGCUUAUCCCCUCGGCGGUGGCCCUACUCACUGGACAACACCCAAGUGAAAUACUAGAUUGCUUGUGGUUUGCGUGUUUUGUAUUUGAUAGUUGAGGUUUUAUGUAAAUCAGUUCAGAUUAUCUUUUCCUCUUGUAAUUGGAGUAUAAUCAAAAUAAUAAAAUUUUUUAAUAUUAUUUCAA